AUGAUCUUGGGAUUGAAUACCGAUAUUGAAGUUUUAUCAACGCAUCACCUCGCAAAAUCUAAUGCUGCUAGAUUACAGAACUAUACAAUCACAGAAGCUCCUGAACGAAUUUCAAAUCCAAAGAUGGUCAGCUGUCACACCAUGCCAUAUCCUUUCAUAGUUUUCUAUUGCCACUAUCAGCAGGGCGAUAAUCGUUUAUACAGGACUGUUCUAUCUGGAGAGAAUGGUGAUAGGGUUGAAGCUCUUGCAAUAUGUCACAUGGAUACCUCCCAAUGGAGCCAUGAUCACGUUUCCUUCCGAGUGCUUCGUAUCGAACCGGGCACUGCCCCUGUUUGCCAUUUCUUCCCAGCAGAGGACUUUGUAUUGGUUCCAUCUACUUCUUCAAUCUAG